CUCUUGACGCCGCCAUCUUGAACGUGGAAAGUAAAUUAGUUUUCUUUUCGACUAUUUGUGAUGAGUAUUUUAGAAUAUAAUGGCGCAGCAAUUAUUGCAAUGCGUGGAAAGGGUUGUGUGGCAAUCGCCUCUGACAAACGUCUAGGCGUACAAGCCCAAACAGUCUCUUGUGAUUUCCAGAAAAUUUUUCAAAUGGGUCCAAAAUUGUUCUUGGGUCUACCUGGCCUGGCCACGGACGUGCAAACUGUGUCAAACAGACUCAAGUUUCGUCUUAACUUGUUCACACUUCGAGAAAACCGUGAUAUAAAACCUGAAACGUUCAUGAACAUGGUUUCCAAUUUAUUAUACGAGAGACGAUUUGGUCCUUACUUUGUAGAACCAGUGAUUGCUGGACUAGACCCAAAGACUGAUGAACCAUUCAUUGCUGGUAUGGAUCUAAUUGGUUGCCCUAUGAUUGCUGAAGAUUUUAUUGUGAGUGGAACUUGUUCUGAACAGAUGUAUGGCAUGUGUGAGUCACUAUGGCAACCAGAUUUAGAGCCUGAUGAUCUUUUUGAGACAAUCUCCCAAGCACUUUUGAAUGCAGUAGAUCGUGAUGCAGUCAGCGGUUGGGGUGCUGUCGUUCAUGUGGUUGAAAAAGAUAAAAUCACCACCCGUCACUUGAAGACCAGGAUGGAUUAAAAAUGAUAAAAACAAUUGAUUUUUAUGUCAAAGCAAUACUACUUUAAUGCUGUUCUUUCUUUCAAAUUGAAUACAAUUUUUCCUCCUGA